CAAUUUUUUCCACAGUUGAUACAAGACCGUCACUGCGGACGGACGUGUAGCAGUUCUGUUGAGUUCCUCGUAACUUGUGCGCUAGUAUCGUGUUGGAUUAGUUCGUACCUAGCACUCGAUUUUGGGCACAAGAGUGUCUAUGGUUGCUGAUAGUUCGUGACAAUAUCGUCCAGAAUGCUCGGCCAACCUUUCAGAAGGAAGCCAUUCAAGAUCCUCGCCACGUAUCUCAACACGUAAAAAACUAUACUCCAAAUUAAAAAAAAAAACAAUCAGUGAUAACAGUGAUAUAUUAAGUUCCUUUAUUUAUUAAAAAAGUGAUAUUAGUUAAGUGUUGUGCCAUAGGUAAUUGACAAUGUAUGUGAUAAUUCUGCUCGUUUUGGGCGCGGUGGCCGCCAACAGGAGUUAUCUACCUCCAACUUGUGAUAGUUUAAUAUAUUGCCAUGGGCCGCUGCUGGACACGGUGCAGAUGGCGGGGCUGUACAACGACUCCAAAACCUUCGUGGACAUGAAGAUUAAGCUCUCCCCCAACAUCACCAUGGAACACUUCGACGACAUGAUGAGGAGAACGAGUCGUCUACCAACCAAAGCGGAUAUCCAGGAGUUUGUGGACCAGAACUUCGACCCGGCGGGCUCCGAGUUCGAGGACUGGACGCCCACUGACUGGAAAGAUAAUCCUGCAUUCCUCCAAAGGAUUAAGGAUCCCUCUCUUCACGAAUGGGCUUCUGACCUCAACCGGCUGUGGCUGGAGUUGGGCAGGAAGAUGAAGAAGGACGUGAAGGACAACCAGGACCUCUAUUCCAUCAUAUACGUGGACAACCCCGUUAUUGUGCCAGGCGGUCGUUUCCGCGAGUUCUACUACUGGGACUCGUACUGGAUCAUCAAGGGUCUGCUGCUGUCCGAGAUGCGGUCUACAGCCCGGGGGAUGGUCUCCAACUUCCUGUCUAUUGUGGACCGCUUCGGGCAUAUACCUAAUGGCGGCAGAAUUUAUUAUAUUAUGAGAUCACAGCCGCCGCUCCUGAUUCCCAUGGUGAAACUGCUAAUGGACGACUCCUUUGACAUAGAGUAUCUGAGGCAGCACAUACACACGAUGGACAGGGAGUUCGAACACUGGAUGACGAACCAUACCGUGGAAGUGGAAUAUAAUAAUCACAAAUACAACCUGUUCCGAUAUAUCGACCAGUCCAGAGGACCCAGGCCGGAGAGUUACAAAGAAGAUAUUGACGUUGCCAAACAUUUUGAGACGCAAGACAAGAAAGAAGAACUUUACGCAGAGUUGAAGGCGGCCGCUGAGUCUGGGUGGGAUUUCUCCUCAAGAUGGUUCAUAUUAAACGGAACCAAUAAAGGCAACCUAACCAACUUGAAGACUCGUUCUAUCAUCCCAGUGGACUUGAACGCGUUCAUGUGCUGGAACGCGCAACUGAUGACGGAGUUCCACACGCGACUGAACAACGACGCCAAAGCCAGCUACUACAGGAACGUACAUGCUCAACUCAUGGAGGCCAUUGAGGAUGUGCUUUGGCACGAAGACGUCGGCGCGUGGCUGGACUUCAGCCUGGAGUCAGGCAGACGACGCGACUACUUCUAUCCCACUAACGUCGCGCCUCUAUGGACCGGCUCCUUCGAUAGGGCGAGAAAGGAGUACUACGUGAAUAGGGUCAUUAAUUAUCUGGAUAAAGUUAAGGUGGACAUAUUCGAGGGUGGUAUUCCCACGACUUUCGAGCACUCGGGCGAGCAGUGGGACUACCCCAACGCGUGGCCCCCACUCCAGUACAUGGUGGUGAUGGGACUGGCGGAAACUGGCCUCGUCGACGCCAUGAGACUGGCCAACGAAAUGGCCACGAAAUGGGUCAGGUCGAACUAUGAGGUGUGGAGGCAGAAGACCGCUAUGUUGGAGAAGUACGACGCUACAAUUUUCGGUGGUUUCGGCGGUGGUGGCGAAUACGUGGUGCAGACUGGCUUCGGCUGGUCGAAUGGCGUCAUCAUGGCACUUCUCAACAGAUAUGGAGAAACUAUCUCGGUAGCCGAGGCGUUCGGCUCGGGGGCGGAGUCCGGCGCGGUGUACGGCGCGCACGUCGGCGCGGGGGGCGUGGCCACGGCGGUGCUCGUCGUGAUCGCGAGCGUCGCAGCCGGCGCGCUAGGACUUAUCGUUUAUAGAAAAAGGCGAGGGGACUACUUCACACCGCUAACGAUCGGCGAAGACAUCAAACUGCUGGGCCGAAGACCGUACACCGAACUGAAGAACAUCAACGGGUCAUCGAGAGUACGAUGAAAGACCACAUGGAUACUUAGACAGGUUGCAUUCGAUAGUUUUGAGCGAAAUUAGAAUGUGUGGGAUUCGAUAAGUGACAUGGCGCUUGCAAUGUGCUAGGUCAUUUAACGCAAUCCUCUUUCUAUUUUUGAAUCUGACGUCGAAAUUGUAGAAUGCAAUUUUUAAGGCUUCGAAUAGGUAUUUCAUAUCGAUUUAGAAUUCGCUCUGCAAACGGAAGACUAUUAUAAACGAGAAAAUAAAAAAGUUUUGGGUAGUUAACAGAAUCUAAAGUUGUCUUACAUUAACUAACUAUUAUAAAAAAUACAAUCAUUAUUUGUAAAUGAGAAAAGGACAAGUAUGUAGGUAUAACUCUUUCAUGUUCCUUUUUUGCCCGUCAAACAGCUUUUCUAGCGUAUAAGACAAGGACAGAAAUAUGGAUUAGUUAUUGUUCUUCGUUUAUUUAAAGUUUGGGAGCUUAAGCUACUCAAAAGUUUAAGCCGUUUCAAUAUUCAACCGCUACCGUACUACAUAUUAUCGUCGACUUAGUUAUAAAAAUGUGUAACUCCAUUGCAAUGAACUUAGCAAAAAGAAAGUGUUUAUUUUUAACAAUGCAGGAGAAUUGUUUUCUGAA